AUGAAUUUCGAUCUACCCCCCGAUUUGGUGUCCUACAUCGACUCCCUCGACAAGUUUAUCAACUCCACUAUCCUUCCCCUGCAGCACACCAACGACAAUGAUCGGUUCUUUGACCACCUUCGGCCAUAUGUCGCAUUUCUAACCUGUCGGGGUCUAGGCCAGGCACGCCGACUCGCUGAUUCGGCUGGCUUCUAUCGAUUUGCCUUGCCCAAGAUGUACGGCGGCCAGGGACACCCGGAGACCAAUGUCUGGAUGUCGGCCAUCCGCUUCCAUCUCUCAUCGCAUCCGGUUUACGGCGGCGGACUUGGCCUUGCAAACGAUCUGCAGAACGAGCACAGCGUGGUGGGCAACUUUCCAGACGUCCUGAUGAUCCAUCAUUUUGGGACUGAAGAGCAGAAACGCACGCUCAUCCCCAAGCGUCUGCGAGGUGAGUUCCGCGCGACCUUCGGACUGACCGAACCGGACCAUGGGAGCGAUGCGACGUUCAUGUCGACCGUGGCGAAACGCGUGGGUGACGGAUUCGAAAUCACCGGGCGCAAGAAAUGGCAGACGGGCGCGCAUCACUGCACACAUAUGAUUAUCUUUGCGCGCACAUCAAACAAGUCCGGAUCAGCCAAGGGGAUCACCGCAUUCCUCGUGCCCCGCGAGACCCCCGGCAUCCGAGUGUCCAGUUUCGAAUGGACGUUCAACAUGCCGACAGAUCAUGCCACCGUCGAGCUGGACAAGGUGUGGGUGCCUGCUUCAGCGGUCUUGGGGCAAGUCGACUUUGGACUCGCAAUCGCACAGACCUUUGUCCAUGAAAAUCGCAUCCGACAGGCGGCAAGCUCCUGUGGUGCUGCCAAGUACUGUCUCGAUCGCAGCAUCGAACGGGCCCGCAGCCGGAAGAUCUGGGGCGAGGGCCGGUCGUUGGCGGACCACCAGGCGAUCCAGUUUCCUGUUGUGGAGCUGAUGACCCAGGUCGAGAUGCUGCGUCUGUUGAUUCUGAAGACGAGCUGGGAUAUGGACCGCAUUGUCGCCUCGUCCACGACUACCCCGUGGAUUCGGAUCGAGAAGGAGUUGAGCGACAAGGUGGCCAUGUGCAACUUCUGGGCUAACCGGCUCUGUUGCGAGGCCGCCGAUCGAGCGAUUCAGAUCCAUGGCGGUGAUGGCUACUCGCGCCAUUACCCAUUUGAGCAUAUUUACCGCCAUUUCCGCAGAUACCGCAUCACCGAAGGAGCCGAGGAGAUCCAGAUGAGAAAGAUUGCUGCGUAUUUGUUCAGUUUUGGCGGCAAAGAAGCCCGUGGAAAGACAAGAUUGUAG